ACAUCGCUGUUCUGGUUCUGAUUUUUAAUGCUGCUAAAAGUUGCCCAACAAUGCCGGCCCUGUUCUCUGAUCAUACAUUCAGACAUUACGCCUAUCUUCGGGACAGUCUCUCUCAUCUGGUCCCUCCGUUAAGAUUGCCAGGUAGGAAGCUGGUGUCCUCCCCUGUCUCUCCCAGUAUUACACCACAUGAAGAUCCUUCCCAGCAGUUUUUGCACCAGAGCCUGGAGAGGGUUUACAACCUUCAGCACCUCGACCCACAGGGCAUACAGGAGCUACUGGAAUUUACCAUCCGUGAUCUUCAGAGGCUUGGAGAACUGCAGUCAGAGCUGGCAGGGAUGGCAGAUUUCACUGCGACUUACCUUCAGUGUCAGCUGCUCCUCAUCAAGGCCUUGCAGGAGAAGCUGUGGAACGUGGCAGCUCCUCUGUACCUGAAACAGAAUGCGUUAGCAUCUGCUGCAGCAAAACAGGUCUUGGAAGAAACUUAUAAAAUGGAGUUCAUGUACAGCGGAGUGGAAAGUAGACAAGUGGUCAUUAUCCACCACAUGAGACUGCAGGCGAAGGCGUUGCAGCUUAUAGUGACUGCACGUACCACCAGAGGAGUGGAACCCCUUUUUGGGAUGUGUGAAAAAUUCCUCCAAGAAGUGGAUUCUUUUCAGAG